ACACGGUGUAAUGGAACUCAAAACAUUUUAGCCACUAGUGGAAAAGGGAGAAAAAAAAUCCAAUCUUGUUCUAAUGGUCCAUCUCUGCUCAAUACCACUCCAUUUCUUGCUCAUGUUUCAUGUGUAAGAAAUCAAACCAAGCUCAAUAGCUUCAGCUCUCUGUUUUUUAUUAUGGCUCUCUUCACUUCGAUCUCCACUUCUCCUCUCUCUAUCCCAAUACCAAUUCACCGGCCGAUAACCAAUCCCCGCCGGUUGCUGUGUCCCUUUGCCACUCUAAGUUCAUCAUCUUCCCCUGAAUCAGCACCUGCUCCAGCUUCAGCUAGAAUCCAUGAUUCCUCCAAGAAUCCAUCUACGCCCUUUGUUGAGUCCUCUAGACCCCAUGAUUCCAGCUUCAACUAUGCAAUUGCUAAUCCAACAGGUGGCAACCCAUUUGUGCGGUUUGUUCGCUCCACUGAAUCUAAUAUUGAGAGGGUGAUCUUUGAUUUCCGUUUUUUGGCACUUCUGGCUAUUGGAGGCUCAUUAGCUGGUUCACUCUUGUGCUUCUUAAAUGGUUGUGUUUACAUUUUUGAUGCAUACAGAGUUUAUUGGAGUAGCUGUGUUAAAGGAAUUCACACUGGACAGAUGGUUCUGCGCUUAGUCGAAGCUAUUGAUGUUUAUCUUGCUGGAACUGUGAUGCUAAUCUUCGGCAUGGGCUUAUACGGAUUAUUUAUCAGCAAUGUACCUCCUGAUGUUCCUUCCCAGGUCGACCGAGCCCUAAAAGGCUCUUCCCUAUUUGGAAUGUUUGCUUUGAAGGAGAGACCAAAGUGGAUGAAGAUUAGCUCACUUGAUGAACUGAAGACAAAAGUAGGACAUGUUAUUGUUAUGAUUCUUCUGGUGAAGAUGUUUGAGAGGAGCAAAAUGGUGACAAUAGCUACAGGAAUUGAUUUACUAAGCUAUUCUGUUUGUAUUUUCUUGUCAUCUGCUUCUUUAUACAUCCUUCAUAAUCUGCACAAGUCAGAUUAAGGGUAGAUGUCAGAAUUCAGAUUUAUAGAAACUUGCAUAUAUUGUAUUUAUUAAUUUAUUGUUAGUAUUAGUUUUGAUCUUGGAAAAAUGUACACUAUAUUUUUGCAGUUUCAUGGAAAUGAAUGAUAGAUAUUUUGGGUUAAAAAAAUC